UUUUUUAUUUACAGCGCAUGCGCAGCAUGCACCAAUCGCUUACCAUUGCGUCAAUAAAAAUCGCCUCAGUUUUAUCUUUUCGUCAUAUGUGUAGGACACUUCAGAUAUUUGAGAAAAUAUCGUUAUGUUGGACUGUUGUACGUAGUGAUAAAUGACGAUCAGAGGUAUCAUAACUCUUAAUCGUCUUUAAACCGGCUUGAUAGCUUAUCGGUGCUAUAUUAGUCCGGCGGCAUGGAUCAUGGGUACGGUAAUAGACGCGGUCGGAGAGAAGGGGGUCGGCGGUUCGGAGAUGGAGAAUCCAAGUGGGAUGGAGGGGCUGGAUCCAGUGGGGGUGCAGGAUACCCGAGGAGCUCCGAUUGGGACUCAAGGGAAGAGCAAGGACAUGGAAGGGGACGAAGAGGAAGAGGAGGAGGAAGAGGCAAACAUCCACCCCAUUUAAAGGGUCGAGAAAUUGGACUGUGGUAUGCCAAAUGGGGCGGCAUUAAAAGAUCUGAGGCAGAGAGGAAAUCUAGGGCCGUUGUUCAGAUGGAUGAGUCACGAGAGCAGCACAUUACUCAGUUGCUGAAUUCUGUUCAAAGAGAUCUGGGCAGAGAUGAGCAUCCCUCCACGUCUCAGAGCUGGAGGGUGAAGGAGGAGCCCAGUGGCCACAGUUACUUUGAUGGAGAUGAUCCUCCAGAACUGCCGAACAUUGUGAAAGUGCCAAAAAUUGAGCCUAAAGAGGAGAAACGGGAGGAUGAGCUGGGAGCAAAUGUGAAAGAGGAGCUUAAUGACGCUGACCUGGAAUACUUACUCCAGGAUGUUGUGCGGACAGCCUCCCUGGAUGAGGAGCUCAAGAAAGAUCUGGAGAAGAAAAAAGAAAACGCUAGAUACAUCGAUAUGCUGAAAUUCAGAGAGAAGCUACCUUCUUAUGGGAUGAGAGAGGAACUGGUUAAACUGAUCAGUGCUAACCAGGUACUGGUAGUCAGUGGAGAGACAGGCUGUGGUAAGACCACCCAGGUCACUCAGUUCAUCCUUGAUGACUUCAUCCAGAGGGGCGUGGGCUCUCUCUGCAGGGUGGUUUGCACGCAGCCACGGCGUAUCAGUGCCAUAUCUGUUGCAGAGAGAGUGGCUUCAGAAAGGGCAGAGCCGGUGGGAGAAGGGAAGUCCUGUGGGUAUCAGAUCCGUCUGCAGAGUCGGUUACCACGGAAACAAGGCUCGGUGUUGUAUUGUACGACGGGCAUUAUUCUUCAGUGGCUCCGCUCAGAUACAUACCUCUCUAGCGUAAGUCACCUGAUCUUGGAUGAAAUUCAUGAGAGGAGUCUUCAGUCUGAUGUUCUUCUCACCAUAGUGAAGGACCUGUUAAUUGCUCGAAAGGACCUAAAAGUAGUCCUCAUGAGUGCGACACUUAACGCUGAGAAAUUCAGCAAGUAUUUCAAUAAUUGUCCCAUGAUCCAUAUUCCUGGAUACACAUACCCAGUGAAAGAGUUUUUACUGGAGGAUGUGGUAGAAUUGCUUAGAUUCCAGCCAAAGCAACAUGACCGAAGACCUCGCUAUAAGAGAGGGUUUAUGCAUGGACAGAAUGCACGGCCAGAGAAAGAGCAGAAAGAGGCAGAAUACCAUGAAAGCUGGCCCUGUUACGCCCGUACGCUCAGAGAUCGGUACUCAGACAGCACCAUUGACACGCUUCAGAUGAUGGAUGAUGAUGAGAAGAUCAAUCUGGAGCUCAUCGUAGGAUUGAUCCGACACAUCGUAAUGAAAGAGGAUGAUGGAGCAAUUCUGGUGUUUCUGCCUGGAUGGGACGACAUUAGCACCCUGCAUGAUUUGAUCAUGGCUGACCAGAUGUUUAAGUCAGAUCGGUUUAUCAUCAUCCCCCUCCACUCUUUGAUGCCCACAGUCUCUCAAACUCAAGUGUUCAAAAAGCCACCCCUGGGAGUGCGCAAGAUUGUGAUCUCUACCAACAUUGCAGAAACCAGUAUUACGAUAGAUGAUGUUGUGUAUGUGAUCGAUGGAGGGAAGAUUAAGGAAACACAUUUCGACACCCAGAACAAUAUCAGGACCAUGACAGCGGAGUGGGUGAGCUUAGCCAACGCCAAACAGAGGAAGGGCCGUGCUGGAAGAGUGUCUCCAGGGAAAUGUUAUCACCUCUAUAAUGGACUGAGGGCCAGCCUCCUGGAUAACUACCAGUUACCUGAGAUCCAACGCACUCCACUUGAAGAGCUUUGCUUGCAAAUAAAGAUUCUGAAGUUGGGCCCCAUUGCGUGUUUCCUGCGGAAAACUUUGGAUCCCCCAUCAGACAAAGCUAUAGAGCUGGCCAUCACACACCUGGUGGACCUGAACGCCCUGGACAGGAGUGAAGAGCUGACUCCAUUAGGAUUUCAUCUUGCCCGUAUGCCUGUAGAGCCUCAUAUAGGAAAAAUGAUUCUGUUUGGAGCUCUUCUUGGCUGUUUGGAUCCUGUGCUUACCAUUGCGGCCAGCCUUAGCUUUAAAGAUCCCUUCUUCAUACCACUGGGAAAGGAGAAGAUCGCGGACCACAGGAGAAAAGUGCUCUCUCAAAACUCUAGAAGUGAUCAUCUCACUAUUGUCAAUGCAUUUUGGGGCUGGGAGGAUGCUAAGAGACAGGGUGGCAGGUUUGAGAGGGAAUACUGCUGGGAAAACUUCCUGUCUGCAAACACGUUACAGAUGCUUCAGAAUAUGAAGGGUCAGUUUGCGGAGCAUCUUUUGGCAGCUGGCUUUGUGAAUAGUAAGGACCCUAAAGAUCGCAGCUCUAACAUCAACUCAGAGAAUGAGAAGCUGAUUAAGGCGGUGAUAGUAGCAGGACUGUACCCAAAAGUGGCCAAGAUUCGCCACAGCAAUAGUAAGAAGAGACCGACUCCUGCGCAGGUGUACACUAAGGCUGAUGGGAAAGUUUGUAUCCACCCUAAAUCUGUCAAUGCGGAGGAAAAUCAGUUCCACUACACAUGGCUCAUCUAUCACCUGAAGAUGAAGACCACCAGUAUCUUCCUCUACGAUUGCACCGAGGUGUCUCCGUUUUCAUUGCUGUUCUUCGGAGGGGAUAUUUCCAUCCAGAGGGACCAGGACCAAGAGACCAUCGCUGUGGAUGAGUGGAUUGUAUUUCAGUCCCCGGCGCGCAUUGCUCACCUUGUCAAGGAGCUGAGAAAGGAGCUGGAUGUGCUUCUGGAAGAGAAGAUAAAAAGUCCACAUCCUGUGGACUGGAAUGACCGGCAGUCUAAAGAUUGUGCCGUCAUCUCUGCCAUAAUCGACCUCAUCACCACACAGGAAAGCCCUGCUGAAGAUCCCAGGAGAGGCAGCCAGUGAGCACAACCACCAGCAGCUUGUGUAUAUCAAUGACAUUUAGCCGCUUAUCAAUACUUAAAAAGAAGUGACAAACAUUAAAGAUAAUAACUUUUUUAUUUUAUUUUAACAUUGGCUUGACUUGUAUGCUUUCUUUACAGUGAUUCAUUAAAUUUGCCAUAAUAUAA